AUCCUAGCCAACUUUACAGGAGCAAGACGCCUGCGUGCUUUUCCCAGAGCAGGAUAAGAAGGUCUGCCAAAGAUGUCGCGAGGCGGCCGAGGCGGCUUCCGGGGUGGGCCCCGCGGGAUGGGCGGAGGUGCCCCCAUGGGCGACAUUUCGUUCAAGGAACUCAUGGAGAUUACGAAGGGCAGCGGCGAGCUAUAUCCUCGAAUUGAAAUGAAUUUUGGAUUGGUUGAGCCCACCCGAAGAGAACGCCGCAACGCGAAGGCUCAGCUAGAGUUUCUACGAAAUCAGCGCUUCUCUCCGUACUGGCCCUCCAUCGAAGCCCCUCCAUCUGCAGGAAGCACGCAUCGCGCUCCUGGAACUGGGAAAGCACCAAGCGCGAGAGCAGUUACGAGUAUGAAGGAAAUUCACUUGCAGAAGGAAGUGUUUCCGCAGGGCAUCUGGCAGGCUUUCAUGGAAGGAGAAACCAAACGUGUUGCUCGAGCUGAGCGGCAAGUCAAAAGGCAGAAGCAGGAGAUCGAUUGGUCCCAAUUUGAAAAGAAGGCUGUCGAGGGUGAACCGGUGGAUCAAGCUGAAAUAUCGGAACCAGAGGAGGUGGACGAGUACGAAGACGAGCAGGACGAUGACUACAACCAGAACUACUUCGACAAUGGAGAGGAUGAACGCGACGACCUCGGCGAUGACAUGGGCGGAGGUGAUGAUGGGGUCUACGAGUGAGGGGUCAACGGCGACCCAGCCUACAUGUUCCUAUCAGCACACAUGAGCAUGCAACACUACGCAUU